AUGGAAAUGCCCGGGGCGGGAAGUCGCGGGGCUCUCGGGGUCGCGCCGGGCGGGGCCCGCGCUCCCUGGGGCGCGACUCUGGUCUGCCUCGGCGUCCCUGCGAGCCGGAGCGCUGUUCCGGCUGGCCUUGCCGCAGGCGACCACUCUGGUCAGGAGGGAGAGACUGAGAAGGCCAUGGAUCGACUAGCCAGCGGAGCACAGAGCAUCGCUAAUGACAGUCCUGCCCACGGUGAGGGCACUCGUUCUGAAGAGGAAGGCUUUGCUGUGGAUGAGGAGGAAUCUGAUGGGGAACCGGAUACCUGGGAACUGUCUGAAGGCACACACUGUCCGCCCAGGGAACAGACUGGUGAUCUUUUUAGUGAGGACUGGGACUUGGAGUUGAAAGCAGAUCAAGGGAAUCCGUAUGAUGCUGACGACAUCCAGGGAAGCCUUUCUCAAGAGAUCAAGCCCUGGGUGUGCUGCGCCCCACAAGGAGACUUGCUCUAUGACCCCAGCUGGCACCAUCCACCUCCACUGAUACCCCACUAUUCCAAGAUGGUCUUUGAAACAGGACAGUUUGAUGAUGCUGAAGAUUGAGUAUGGGACUUUCUGCCUUGGGGGCGGGUGUCCCUCUGGAUCAAGGUCUCCCUCUCCUGUCCUUGAGGCGAGACGUUCUAUCUGAGAAAGUGUUCACAGUGAUCCCUGAGUCUGGGAUACAGAGACUGUUGCUAGAUAGGGUCCCAUUGUUCUCCCAGUUCUGUUGUUGUCAUGUUGUUUUUAAUAGGCUCCUCCUUGAAAUGUGUGUGUGUGUCUGUGUUGGGAGGAAUUGUGUUCUUUAUAAAU